AUGACUGGGCAGUCAGAAUGCACGCACGCAUCCUAUGACCUGGUCAUGAAGAUGAUGACCGACAACUGCGUCCAUUAUCUGCCACCGAGCAAAUUCAUUACUCGUGAGGCGGAGCUUCGCCACGACAAGCCCCAGAAAGAGCUUAACGUCCAAGGAUCGUCGAUCAUUGUCAAGCCUAAAGAGCCUGACCAAAGUUGCGACACGUCUACCGCCCUCAGUCUCCAUCAUGCCUUGCAGAGGCGCAGCCUUGCGCUUGAUGUGGUCGGUGCAACAGACUACUUCAGAGUCCAAGCCUUCUCGGAUUUCUUGAUGAGCCAUCUGCACGAGCCCGCCACGCAAGGCUUUAAACCUACCACUGUUCAGCAAGUUUUGACGGCAGACCGGGCUGCGUGGGUACGCCUUCAGAGCUUACUCUGGAUGGCAUUCGCACAGACAGUGCCGGCAACCUUCCGCUUGACGCCCUCUGGGCCAAACUUGAAAAUGAUCCGAAGGUUGUCUUCCAUCUGUUGCCGCAAGCAUCCUCAGGCCACGCAGCGUCCGGUUCAGCCAAGCGCGGCGCAGACCAAGAUGUCUUGGUCCGCGGAUCAUAUGCACACGGGGCACUGGUUGGGAGGUGACAGGAUCGUGUUAGUUGCCUUCGUUGCGAAGUUCCAUGAGAGAUUGGUGCCUGAGGACAUUGCUCGUGGCUUCGACUUGAGCGGUCCUACACCGGGACGCCGAGAGUUCAAGCCAAAAUUGACUCUUGCAUCUAUGCCUGUGCGUGAGCUUCACCGUGCCGCGCCUCUCAUGCGAGAGGUAACGAUGGCCAACACUGGAUCAUCCGGGGAUGCCGUCCUGGAUGAAGCGCUCUACCAGGCGACCAUGAAGGAGGUACUGCCUUUCGGGGCGAGAUCGUCCGUACAUGGUUUCAUUCGCACUUCCUUCGGAAUGUGGAGGGUCGGACUCACUCUACUGCUCCUCCAUUGGAGCAUCUUCGUGGACGACUACAUAGGUGCUGAAGUCCCCCCGCUUGCCAAGGUGUUUGAACUGUGCGUGGAGACUCUGUUCCGCAUCUUAGGUUGGGAAACCUCUGCAGAUAAAGAUCAGCCGUUCGGUCCGAUCUCAAUUGCCCUAGGAAUUGAGCUUGACACCACAGAGGCCAAAACCGGCUUCGUGUACCUCCGGAACAGCAGCAAAAGGAAACAAGAACUCAUCGACUUGAUCUCUGACAUCCUAUCCCGCGGGCUCCUAACUUCCAAGGAGCGCCAACGCCUGAGGGGCAGGAUUCAGUUUGCAUCAAAUCAAGUGGCCGGGAAGCGCGCCGGCCUCGCUUACAAGGCGCUGUCCAGACAUCUUGUGAGCGGCGACCCCAGGGUCGGAGGUGAUCUCCAACGAAGUCUGCUCUUCCUGCGUGACAAUUUUCUCGAGGGCCCACCUCGAACCCUGUGUUCCAACAUGCUGCACCUCUGGCACAUGUACGUGGACGCCUCACAUGACGGCGACAGG